AUUACUUCUGAGAUUUACUUAUUACAACCAUUAUAACUUUCUUAUUAAGAUUCGUUACACGAGUUGCUUUUCUAUUCUUGCUUUGCCGGCUGUAAGUCGGGGCAAAGUUUUGUUGCUUUUCAUUCCUCUCGAUAGUCGGAUUCUUUCUUGUGGUUGUUGUUCGAAAUGCAUCACUACAAUUAUUAGGUUUAUUUUGCUGUUGAAACUCUGGUCGCGGGAGCUAUUUAUUUGGAUUCCUGAUUUUCUUAUUAAUUCGGCGCUUCAGGAACUGGUUAGCUUCCUGGCAAUGCAAUCCUUUUAUUUUCUCCCUCUAUAUGGUAGUUCUUUGUAAAGUAGCCGCUUUAGUUUAUUCAUGUUUGAGUUGCCUGAAUGUGUAAAGCAUUCUGCUAGGAAGCGUGCAGGUCAGUUCUUCCUCUUCUUGUUGGUGUGUUUUGCUCGAGUUCUGUGAUCCCUAUCCAUACUAGAAAGCAUGAUCGUAGGACUGAGAAUUGCUAAAACGGGUGAAACCUAUUGUUUUGAUAAAACUAGAGAGAUCUGCUUAAUAUGUUAUAUUCGAGUAUCGGGUACCAUUCUUAAUUUUAGUUGAUAUGCAGAAUUUGAUAAUUAGACACCGUUGCUUGUAUGAUUAACAUGGUAAUUAUUUCGUAAAAAAGAGACUUAAAUCCGUUAUGUGAAAUGUCUGUGAGAUGUGUAUGUUGUAUGUGCGAGGAAGGCAAGUUUCUAUUAAAAUCAACAAGAUUUGGAUUGCUACUUAUUUCCUUCUUUUACUUAGUUUAAGUUAUGGACAAUAUGAAUAACUAAAGAUUCUCCCUUUCAGAAUUAAUAUUGAAGGUUGAUUAUCUGUUUUUAAUAAGAGCUUUUCAGUUGUAUGUAUAAUGUGUCAUUGCAUGUUUAAUUAUCAAAUAACUGACUACUAUGGAUAUUGUUUACCCAAAAAACGGAUAGAGUUAAAUUUGUACGCAGUUCUAAAGAUAUGUGGUAUCACUUAAUACAAAUCGUAGGAAUAAAUAGAAAUAUCAAAUAUUAAUUGCAAAUAAUGCAAAAUAAACAAGGUUGGAAAGAAAAUAAUUUUUAGGACUAAGCAAGAUGAUUCAGUUAAUGAAACCUAAAAGAAUAAUCCUUGAAUAUCUGAGAAUAUGGUGCUUGAAUUACCAUGUAAGCAUGAAACAAAUGCCUUCUACAGAAAUGUGGCUAUCCCCUUUAUAGUGGAGGAUCCUUUCUUAGAUAUAAUUAAAAUACAUAGGAGAGAACCCAUGAUAAAUCAACUUUUCCCUAAUUUUCGCCGAGAUUCUCUCCCUUAGUGUGUUUGCAACGGCUCUUGUCUGUGAGCUCGAGUUCGAUCGGCCUCGGUGCUGGUCGGUAUUGCUCCUAGAGCUCGAUAUGGAUUCGGGAUCGGGUGAUGAUUCGGACUUGGUCGUGGUUGGCCUCUGCCCCAUAAGAUCGAAAUCAUCUCAUCAUAGUUCGAUUCGGACCCGAGCUCGAUAAUGACUUCAAACUCAGUGUUUGACUUAUACCUGAAAUCUGACGCUCAUUCGUACCAUCUUCGGAACCUAACCCGAUAUUACGAAGUCUUUCUUCGAUCCAUUAUGUUUCGACCUCGAUCAAUGGUAUGAAGGCCGAAAUCUAUUUUUACCGUAUACAGAUAGUCCCCUCGUUUCUCGGGAAGGAUGUGGUGAGAAAUAAUAUGAUUUUUCAAUGGCUCGAUUGGAUUAUAAGCUGAUGUUCACAUUGAGCUCGAUCAUGACGCACGUGAUAGCUUUCCCGUCGAUUUAGUUUUUCAAGGCAUUUAAUGCAUGUCAGACGGUUGUCGGCCACCGCUGAUAUUGAACCAUCAUUGGUUUAAUAUAUAAAUAGCCCUUCCUUUUACCAUUUAUCACUUUUACAACUCCAAUCUUCCAUACUUCCCAAGUUUGUUUUCAUACCCUCUAAGUUUAUUCGAAAAUCUAUGAUUCCUCUUUGCAAAAGCCCUUCUUCAAAUUUACCUUAUUCCGGACCUUUAAAUUCAAAAAUGGCGAAAACAUCACAAAUCACUCCUCAGAAAGAAAAAGUUUCAUCUUCACAGUCUGUCGCCGACGAAACAUCAGUAGAGCCACAGCCUUAGGAGUGUAUUCUCGGGGCAUGUGUUCUUACCUCUGAUUUUAAGGUUGAUAAAGGCUCAUCGGUUCCCGGGCGAUGUUAGCCAGUAUAGACGUACAUGUGUUCAAUAACCGAGAAGCACCUCAAACAGCUAAAGAAAUAUUGUAAUUGGGAGAAAAAAGAAAUAAUAAUCCCUUCUUCUGACGAAGAUAUCACCACUUAUGUGAAAGGGUUUUUGAGUGUGUAUACUUACCUUUUCACGUUAGUCCCCCUCGACUUGAUUCGAUACUUUGUGAACAAAAUCAAUGGGAUGUCGUUCACCCUCGAGUAUCUCAUCUGAUUGUACCGUCCUCGACUUUUAUGAGGAGGGUUAAUAAAACUUCAGCGUCGGGCUACCAAGGCUCUGUUCUCGAGCAUUGACGAGGAUAGGGAUCGAGGCUGGAUGGAAAGGUUUGUUCAAGUAAGGACUUUGGACCUGAUUCCGACUGAAAAGAUGUCUUUUCCCGAGGAUUGGAAUAUGAAAUCGAUUCCCUGGAUGCCCGGAGCAGUUCCCGAUCUCGAAAACUAGGUACGAGACCUAUCUUCAACCUCCACAUACGCUGAGCGCUCAUGGGGUGAUUUGUCAAAAGGCCGAUGGGAGGCCAUAAAUCAUGGUGUGGGUAAAGAUGCAGUUUUGAGGCCCUCGUCCUUCGAGGAAGAGGCUUCGGCUUCUCUUCCAAAGCCGGUGAAAGACAAAAAAAAAAGAGCCUAUGUUCCCGAAGAUCCAAAGCUGAAGAAGAGGACGACUCAUAAGCCGAACAAGAAUACCAUUCCUUUGACCGUAGAAUCAGUUUUGCAUUUAAUGCACGAAGAAGAAGAAGAAGAAGAGAACAAUGGGUCCGCGCUGGCGGCUCGAACGAAGAAACCACCGAUGUCCCACAGGCAGCUAGAUCGAUGAUGGUUCAUAAGGCUCUUCCUCGAACUAAGGAUAUAUCAGAGCAAUAUUUGGGCAGUGUCCCGGAGUUGUCGGAGAUCGAAGAUGCUUCCCAUCGAAGCCAACAUAUGGAGGAUAGGUCUGAAGAGGCUCUCCUCGAAUCUCUUCGAACAAAGAGAAUUCUCCAGGUGUUUCACUUGGGGCAGUAUCAGUCGAAGACUCACCCACCUUCCCUGAUUUUUCUGCAUGGGCAAUUCGAGAAGCCCAAGCUUUGGGGGCCCUUGAGCUAGACAUGCCACAUGAUGGAGAGGAUCCUUUUCGUGACCUGUUUACAAGUGUCGAGGACGUUGUCGGUACCAAUGAUGUACUAGAUCUUUUUCAUGGGGUACAACAUUCUUUGAAUCAAGCCGCGACAGUUCAUCGAGAAACAUGUUCUCGGUCCUGAACUAAGUUGCAUCGAUACGAGGCCGACCUUCAAUGGGUUACGAAGGAGAGGAACUCCCUUAAACUCCUCUUAGGGAAAAGGGGAGAGGAACUAAAAGACCUCCGAGCUAAGUUGGCCAAGGCUCGCCAAGAUCAGACCGAUCUGUCCGAGCAGCUGCAGCAAAGAAUUGAGAUGAUCGAAAAAUUCCGUGAAGUAGUCGAUGUGAUAAAAGCGGAGUCUUUGAAGUGGAAAGAGGGUGUAGACCGCUUUGCUGUAGAGAGAGAAGCUGCUCGAGCUCAAGUAUCAUCGGCCGAAAACCAACUUCAAAGAAUGAAGGAGAAAGGGUCGGUUCAAGAAAGAAGAAUAGAGGAGCUCGAUGCUCGGUUGGCCACUGAACUUGCCAAGACCGAAUCUGACGUCGAAAAGGCAAAGGCCGAUGCAGAUGCACUUAUGGCCGUCUAUCAGGCCGAUGCUGAAGCUGCCCAGGUCCAAGCAAGAGAGGAAGCCGAGACCGCCGAUACUCAAGAACAUUGGGUCGCUGAACUUGCUAAGUACCGAUCUCGGAGGGAGACCCUCGAGGAGAUCCAUGCUCGAGGUUUCGAUCUCGCCGAAGAGAUAAAAAGGGCUAAAGAACUCGAGGCCGAUGCUGAAGCCUUGGCUUCCGAUAAUGAUGAUGAUGAUAAUGAUAUUGAUGAUGGGAGUAAGAGCUGGUCCGAGAAUAGGGGGAAGGCCGAUGGAGAAGAGACCGCUCCUGGAGAUAACCAAGAAACUUAGGCCUUAGUUUCUAUGUCGUAAUCAAUCAUGUAAACAAUCUUGUAUAGAUAUAUAAAUAUCUUUUUCUUUUA